AUGCUAAGAGUUAAGCGAAGAGCUAGAGGCUCAAAUGGACAGCAAGAAAACCGCAAGCGUGUAAAAGAAGUAUCCAGCAUCUUUAGUGGUUGUAAAGAUACGGUAGAGAGCAUUAAACAAAAACUCUGUUGGAAAGAACUCAGUCAAGAACUUGCUACAAAGUUUUCCGCAAGCAUCGUCUCGCUUGCUUCAUUUGAUGGAGACAAGCUGCAUUAUGAAAGCACAGGCAUAGUUGUUGAAAACAGUUUGCGUAAUACAUGUAUUCUGACCUCCUCAGCUUUGGUUAGCACAUCAGAUCGUGAACGCAGGUUCAUCUAUAGACUGAAGAUAAAGUUACGCCUUCCAAAUAACCAAGUGGUUGAUGGGUGGAUACAACAUUAUGAUUUGCCUUUCAGUAUGGUUGUUGUGGUCACUAGAUAUUCCCCUGAUCUUCAUACAGUAUGUUUCAGUAACAGCGUGAAAGUCCAGCGGCAUACUGAUUUGUUAGCUCUAAAGCGUUGUUUCGAGUCAGGUAAGUUAAUGCAAACACAUGGGGUACCGAAUGACGACCCUAGUAAAAUUGACAGCAAAGGGUCUAUGUUGUCCACAUGCAAAAUUACUAUGGAUGGAAGUGGUGGUCCACUUGUUGAUCUCAAUGGGAAUAUUGUUGGGAUGAAUGACUAUCAUGAUCAGGAAGGAACUCCAUAUUUGCAAGGAAGUAAGAUUGAUGAAUGUUUGAGGGAUGUUCGGAUACGUAGGGAUGAAAUUCAACGACAUUGCUGGCAAAAUUUUACCAGUGCUUUUAAGCACCAUUGGGAAGGUAGCUCCAAUCAAAAUGGUUAUAGUGGGGGAAGUGAAAGUAAUAACCAGAAACAAUUUUUAUCAUCUAAACCUGAGCCACAAGAAUUUACUGAGGAUGUACCUACACCAGAGCUCAUUGAUGAUGAGCAUAAGCGUAUUCUAGUUCCCUGGCCAUCUGAUGGAUUUACAAAGAUGGUAAAUGCUCUCUUAAAUAAAGAUGGUUAUCCCUUACCAGCUUAUGCUGAUGGACGCAUGCGUUUGGAAGGUCAUUUUGAAGAGGAAUUUGGCAGAGAUAUCCUGAGUGAACCUGCUAGAAAAAUUGCUUUAAAGAUGUCUCGAAGUGUUGUUGCACUCGCUUCAUUCAGUCGCGAUUGUAAGGUCAAGAAAAGGCGUUUUGCUUGCACAGGUGUAUGUCUAGACUUCAAUGGAUCCACAUCCACCACAAGAGUUCUGACUUCAGCAAGCUUGGUUAGAACUUCUGGUGAUGAAGACAAGAUUUUUGAUAACUUAGAGAUUAGAGUGUGUCUUCCAAGUGAGGAGUGCAUUGAAGGGAAAUUAGAAAAAUAUGAUUUCUACUACAAUUUCGCUGUUAUCAGCUUCCCGUUUCGCUGUAAUCGUCCAGCAAUGUUGGUUGAUGCACCACAAACUGAGGUAUUAGCUCUCGGCCGUGUCUUCAAAUCAGGCAAUAGUAUGGCUACAGAGGGGUCAGUGACCGGCAAAAAAUGCAAUUUUGGUUGCGAAGAGCUUAAGAUCUCCUCAUGUAAAAUCACCAAGGCUGGAAUUGGAGGGCCCCUUGUUGAUUUUAAGGGGAAUGUUGUUGGCAUGAACUUCUAUGACACAGAAGGGACUCCUUACCUGCCAAGUAAGAUAAUUCUGAAAGUAUUGAGGAGUUUUGAUGCAGAGCGGCCUGUUGCUGCUGGUAUUACAAGGAAGCCUAACUGUAGUUGGCCGGUGCCGAAGCCAUAUUGGUAUUACCCGAGUGAACAUCGUUGUAAGACUGGAAAAAUUAAGUUAUAUAAAUAUGAUUAA